AGAGGUUGCUCUUUUGGAUUAUUUACGGUAAGGUGGACCAGCAAUGUCCACUAAGCGAUCAGGUGAUCUACCAACCAACUACGGCACGCGAGACAACCGACUGGGGAAAAUGCAAAAUGGCAAGUAGCAAAUGUGGGAGCGUAAUUCGUUCACCUUUUCGACCCACAUUUGGAUUGAAAUUCUAUUUCUGGAGCUUCGUUGAGACGAUGACGCGUUGAACCUGCCGCAGAGACAGUCUAUAUAGAGAAUAUUUUAUUUUGCAAUUUCAUUCAUUGAAAUAACAUAAUCGAAAACAUUGCAACAUGGGGCUGUGUUAUAGUCUACGUCCGCGUCUCUUUGGUGAUCUAAGUGGGUCCAUCUCCAAUGCUACCUCGGAUUCGGACCAGCCACCGGACUCAUCUGUACCGUUGCGCGCUGGGGGCCUUCGCCACGAAGAGACUGGGGGAUACAGCGAGACGGUGCCGCUCCGCGACGGUCAGAUACGCCGCGGGGACACCAGCAAGACGUCCGCCGGGGAGGUCCGCCGUGGGGACACGAGCACCGACGGUGUGGUGAUACAGAAUGGGGGUGGCGGAGGAGGAAAGGGUGGGGGAACGGACCGCAACCGACGACUACAAUUACUGCAGAGGCACAGCACCCAGAAACAGAAAAACUGGGAUAAACUGCUAAUGGAGGAAAAGGAGGCCGAGAGGGAGGCUAAGAAAGUCAGUAAGAACAUUGACAGAGCGCUCAAGGAGCUGAAACGAGAGUACAAACAAACGCACCGGCUGCUUUUGCUGGGCAACAGCAAGACCGAAGAUCAACGCAUCGACGAAAAAGCACAACGAGAGGCGAAUAAAAAAAUAGAGAAACAGUUGCAAAAGGAAAGACAAGCAUACAAAGCCACUCAUCGACUGCUUUUACUGGGGGCCGGAGAGUCCGGAAAAAGCACUAUUGUGAAGCAGAUGAGGAUCCUGCACGUCAAUGGUUUUAAUGCAGAGGAAAAGAAACAAAAAAUCCUGGAUAUUCGGAAAAAUGUGAAGGAUGCCAUAGUGACUAUAGUUUCGGCGAUGAGCACUUUAAUACCGCCGGUUCCACUAGGCAACCCCGAAGACCAGUUCAGACUCGACUACAUCAAGAGUAUAGCUCCGCUCUCUGACUUUGAGUAUACACAGGAGUUCUUCGAGCACGCGAAGAAGCUGUGGGACGACGAGGGGGUGAAGGCGUGCUACGAGAGGGCCAACGAAUACCAGCUCAUCGACUGCGCGCAAUACUUUUUGGACAGAAUUGACUCUGUAGGACACGUUGACUACACACCAACAGAUCAGGACUUGCUGCGAUGCCGAGUCUUGACUUCAGGGAUUUUCGAAACGCGAUUUCAAGUCGACAAAGUCAACUUUCACAUGUUUGACGUGGGAGGUCAGCGAGACGAGAGGAGGAAGUGGAUUCAGUGCUUUAAUGACGUCCGGCCUCUAUUUGUAGGUUAUGCGAGCAGCAGCUACAAUAUGGUAAUCAGGGAGGACAACAACACCAACAGGCUACGGGAGGCGCUGGACCUGUUCCGCAGCAUCUGGAACAACAGGUGGCUACGGACUAUUUCAGUCAUCCUCUUCCUCAACAAGCAGGACAUGCUGGCUGAGAAGGUAUUAGCAGGGAAGUCCAAAAUCGAAGACUACUUUCCUGAAUACACCCGCUACACCGUACCAGCCGAAGCGACCCCUGAUCCUGGUGAAGAUCCAAAAGUGACGAGGGCCAAGUUUUUCAUCCGAGAUGAGUUUCUAAGGAUCAGCACGGCGAGCGGCGACGGCAGGCACUACUGUUACCCCCACUUCACGUGCGCGGUGGACACGGAGAACAUCCGGCGGGUCUUCAACGACUGUCGCGACAUCAUCCAGAGGAUGCACCUGCGCCAGUACGAACUCUUGUGAUGGAGGAACGACCCACCUGCUUUAAAAAAAUCUGAGCUCCUCUCCCAAAACCGACGUCCGCUGACGGGGACACAGUACUACUGAAGUGUGUCAAACCCUUCUUUUUACUUUUGUUUUGUUGGUUGCUGUUUUUUUGGGGGUUUUUUUCCUUUUUUAAUUGAAGCCAUUCUCAGUCCCUGUUCUGCUGAGUUAGAGUGGGGAAAAGUUGUUUGCUUAUUUCUUUACCACAUCUUUAUUUGUGUCAUUCCACUAAGCCUUUGGCUACCUCCUUUUUUGCUUUUUGUCAUUUGUGAUGUCAUUGGACUUGGACCAGAAGCAUUUUUGUUUCUUUUUUUUUCAUUUUUUUUUCAUUUUGACCAGCGGUUGGGUGUGUUUGAGGAGCACCUGUCGGACUCCUCCCCUUUGAGAGGGGGGCGGGACCUUGGGGCCCGCCCAGCCUCCGACCUGGCACACCUAGUGACCUACAGUAACCUCGUGUGGGCUCUGCAUCUUUAAUCGACACUGAAGAGUACUUAAUGGGGCGGGGGAAGUGAGAAAGAAAAAAGAUUGAAUGCACUUUGCAUCAGGUUAUUUAAAUACUGUUGCAGAAGUAUACACACCAUGUAGCACCACAAUAUUUAAUACUGUCACGGUUUUUAGCGCUCCGAGUUGCAGGUCGACUGUGAAGUUACCGACCUCCUCUUUUAAGCUGACUCGAGGCACAGAAGUGAAGUGGGGGGGGGGGGGGGUGAGGGGUGUGUGUGGGGAGGGGGGGGGGGGGACAGGAGGUAACUGGGACUCUGAAACUCUGUACCUCGGGCCUUAGAACAGUCGCUGCUUUCUGCCUAUUGUGUCUAGGAAAGAAAAACUACCACACUCACUUUGACCUGUCCACAGAUGAUCCUUUUAGCUUAGAUCUUCUUGGACAACAGUCCUAUAUAUAAAUAUAAAUAUAUAUAUAUAUAUUAUAUUUUUUUUGUUUUGUUUUAUCUUGUACAGACUGUGCAAGGUUGAUUUAUCUUGUACAGACUGUAAAAUGUAAUAUUAUUUUGUACAACUUUAUUGAAGAAAAAAAUCUACUUGUAGAAGAUCUUUGUGCCUUGAUUAUGGCUGUACCUGUACAAUGAGCUCAGAUGUAAGUAUGUUUUUGACUGCGCUGUACAGCUUGAUGUCACUCUAUCAGCAGGAGAGACUGCGGUAGGGAUUUUCUCUGUAGAGUUUAGUUUUUUUCUGGUUUAUAAAAAAGGAAAUGCUCUUUAGUAAAAAAAGAAAAGUUUAAAAAAAUUAGGGAAAAAAGAUCCUGUAUACAUUAUGCAAAUGAACCACUUACCUACAGUGACGACCAGAUGUUGCAGUGACAUGCCUUCAUUUUUUUCCUUUUGUUUUCCUUUUGAUUCUCAGCUUUAAAACAUUGGAAUCCAUUUGAAGUGUCCAAAUUUGCAACCUGGUGUUUUAAUAGGAACCAACUUUUCCAUAUGAAGUACGCCAGAGAAAUGUACACGUGCUCGCGAGUGAGUGAGUGUGUGUGUGUGUGUGCGUGAGUGUGUGUGCGCGGGUGUGUGUGAGUGCGUGCACGUGUACAUGAAACAUACAUACACUCACGGCGCAUCGUGAGUGUACGUCUGUGCUUUUUAUAAAUGUGUGUACAUGUAAAUUUAUAGAUCUAUAUAAAUAUAUAUGUACAAUUUCACAUGUUUAAAUAUGUGUGUGCCUAGGUGUAUACAUACCUAUGUAUGUCCACAGAGUAAAUGUGUAUACAUACACACAUACAUAAGCAUGUCUAGAGUGAGAAGAAUAAAUGCAAGUGAGAUUUGGUAAUUCUUGGGUCAUUCAGAGACAUUGUGAAUGUGCGCGCGCCCCUAGAUAGGAUCUUCAUUCCUAGAACCAACAGCAGCUUUUAUUGUGCAAGUAUAUAGUAAGAGAGAAAGUGAGGUGUGUAAACCUGAGAAUUACAAAAAAAUGACAUUUUUAUUUUCUUUUAAUAAAGCGGCACAUUAGAAGACUUGA